AUGGAAAGUGGCCAAAAUGGAGAUAUUCAUGGCAGGAUUUCGAGGGUUUUAGAUGCCCUGCUUGAGAUUUCAGAAGCGGAGGUGGUACUGCAAGACAGGGCGAUCUCGCUUCUGGCGGAUAGAAGUCGCAUAGACGCGCUACUUCUUGCCAUAGAGUCAAAUACUUCUGAACUACACGAGCUAAUAGUGAUUAGAAAAGACAAAGAUAAUUCCAAGGAUUCAGGGAAUACAAGUUUAACCGAGGUUUGUUUUGUCUUUAAUUACUCUUACAAUAAGUGAAGGCGCGCGUCUUCAUUGAAGCUUACGUUCUUAAGUAAUCUUACUUCUUGCUCCAUUAUUUAAGAGUGCCUUGUGUUGUGGUUAAGCCUUAAAAAGCUGCAAAGGUCUUAGAAUAAUUAACCUGAGAUCAGGCCCAAUUUUAGCGGUUCUCAUACAUUCUCUCUGACGGCUGCCGCUAAAAUUGGACCUGAUACAAACUCUUUCACGUUUGUGCUCGUUACGGCCAGAUUUUGGCCGUAACGCUGAUUGGCGGUUAGAACAAUGCCACAAGAUCUGAUUGCCUGUCAGAAACGCCGGGAGUUGAAAGCGCUUAUUCCUCGUGUGGUCGUUUUCGUGAAUGAUCCAUCGUCGGCGGAAAGAAGGAUCGAUUUUGCUGUCUUUUUUAUUGUUUUAUGGUCUUAUGGUAGGAAAAUAUGCCUUAAUAUGUGCCAGAAAAUUCAUAUCUUCUCAGGAUUUGCUUUAUUUACGGAACUGAUCUGAGUGUAUCGCGGAGUUGAAUCCCUCUGCAAGUUGCUGACCGCUAACAAGGUGCCUUUUGAUUUACCAACAAAUGAGUGCAAAUCAAAAUACUGUCCAUCUUAAAACUGGUUUCAUCUGAAAGUUUAGCCGGGAAUGAAUUCUCUGAACGGGGUAGGUAAGCGGAGGCUUACUGCGAAAGAAACCUCAAUCGUCAACUGUGAAGUAUUAGACGAAAAAUAUCGCAUCGCUGUUCAAGGAAUUUUUGUAGGCAUUAUUAUAAAAGCUGGUGGCUUAAGGUAACAGACUGGUUGUUUGCCUUCGCUUUUUGUAAAAUAUAAACCAGGAAAAGUGGUGUCCUCGCUCGUGGGCUGUUUGCUUUUAUGUUUAAAGAUUUAUGUACUGAAAAUUGGGGAAACUUGCCGCGGAAAAUAUUAAGGCAACAGAAAAAUAGAAAUUUCAGUAUUUUAAAUAGCCAAAAUUAUAAAACUAGCAGAACAUCGUGUCGCCGUCUUUUCAAAAACUUUUUACCCUUUACACCAACAGAAAUAACCUUCGAGAUCUCACUUAAUCUCGCAAGAGUUGAAAAAUUUGCAUACUAGAAAAACAAGCAACGGAAGUAAUUUUGGUUGGCUGAUUCGGCAAAUGUCAAUCAAUCAAAAAAGUGGGCGGCAGACGUAUUGUAGAAGGUUUGUAUCAGGCUCUCUUUUCGUUUCACCUUGCCCGCAGGAAUGUAAUUUUCAAAGUGAAACGAAAAUAGAGCCUGAUCUCUGGUUAUGGAAUAAUUGAUUUUGUAAUAAAAUCAAGUAUGAGACAAAGAUAAAUUAUUCUCUCAACUAAAAAUUUCUAAGCAGAGAAAAACGCCGUCCCCAUCCGAUGUUGUCUGCGAGCAGGCAUGUUUAGCAAAAAGAGUAAUUCAUGCUUUCUUUUUGGCUCACUUUGGUCCAUAGGGGGAGGGGGGACUGUAAUGGCUAUGCGAUACCCUCCUUCCUAAUCGUCUCUGAGGUCCUCUGAGGUAUGUCUCUGUGAUAGGAAGGUAAUGUCACCGAGGCUUUGUUUACCCCUGGUACCCAGGAGCUAGUGUCAGGGUACUGGCACAAAAAAUUGGUGUUUACUCCUUACAUACCUGAUGUGUAAUAGUAUAUUUGGUCCAUUUUUCCUGGCAUGUCAUAUGCUAUUUGGAAACAAGACGGUUGCUAGAAGUUAUGGUUAGGGCUGCAAUGACACAUUUUCUCACGAUACAUUGCAUAUCUCGAUACAGUGCCACAAUACGAUACACAGUACGAUACAUCAUUACAUACAACUGACAAGUGAUGUAAUCUUACGUAACUGCUUUGAAAUCAUUUAUACACUAACACGGGAAGACAUUUUCUGACGAACAGCAUGUUUUACCCAUGGUCGUGCAAGACUGUAUCAGCUGACAACUAAUUGGAACUACGUAAUGUACGCAUGUGUUUGUGCUGCCACCUUGAAAAGUAUGUGUCGGAUGGGAAGCAUGCAAAGCUCUACAAAGCAAGGAUGGAACUUUCUUGUCCCUUCAUUUAAUAAAUAGCUAAAAAAGGCUUGGAUUUGUGUAAGGAGUCAUUAAAGACAAUAAUUUCUGAAUGUUGAUGAAGAAUCAUAAUAUCGUGAUAUGUUGUUUAACUAUCGAUGUUUGUGUCAUGGCAAAAAAUAUCGCGGUUCACCGGUGUAUCGUUGCAGUACUUGUUAUGGUAUCCAAAUUUAAAAGCAAUAGAUUGCCUAAGCACUAACAUAAAAGAAAUGUGCACAGUCAAAUCCUGUUAAUACGGACAGUGGACGGUCCAUAGAAAGUGUCCAUAGUAAGUGGGUCAUGUUAUUAAAGUCAAAAAACACCUAUUAUUAGAACAAAAUACCAAAGUAACAGAAGAGGACAUUAGCAUCGUCAAAUUAAACAUCUUCAACUUUCACAAAUUAAAGUUAUCAUUCCGUUGACUAAAUCCAUGGAAACACUAAAAAAAUUGCUCAUUUACACACUGCUUAAUCAAAAUCGUACUCUGCAUAACUAGUUUAAUGCCUGAAAAUAGUCCGAAAUUGAUGUCUACAUUUUUUACCAAUCCUCUUCUUUAGACUGGUUUUGGUCUAAUUAGUAUGAGAAUGGCUAAAAAUGAGUUUUGCAACAAAAAGGGCAUAUUUUCCGACUAAUCGAAUGUGAUAAAACAGCUUUUUUCAGGGUGCAGAGAAAGUCAGUUUACAGCCUGCCAUUCGGGCAAGCUGUAGCUAGCGUGUAUUAGUCCACAAUUCAUUUCAACUAGCCCCAAAACCCUUUUUGAUUAGCUGGAUUUAUUACAAUCCUUCUGUAAUUUGAAUUUCCAAAAAAACAGCACUUGCCCGUUGGGCAAGUUAAGAACAAAAACCACUAGCCUGAUAGCAAAAUCCACUUGCCCCUGCCUAUCGGACACGAAUUUCUUUGCACGCUUUUUUUUUUGUUUUUUGGGCAGGUGCACAAGCCAAAAUUUGGACUUGUUUUUUUUGUUUUUUUUUUGCAAAUCUAUUUCGCUCUUUUUCUCUUGCUGUCUUUUUCUCCUUAAUUUGCCUUUCUUCUUUAUAAGCAGUUUUGUUGCCUAUUUUAUUGUCUUUCUUUUGCAUGGAAAUUUUAGGAAAGGGAUAAAUUUCUUCAAAGAGUUGUACGUAAAAACGUUACCUUUUUUUUUAAUGUAACUCUGUUAGGAUUGAUCAGAAUAUCCAAAACAAGGUAUCAGUGGAAAUAUCCGUAAAUCUUUGCUGGUAAUGUUGUUGCUUGCCAACUUAUUUACCCAACUUGAAAAAGAUGCAUUGUUCCAUAUGGAAAGGAAAAUGACCAAAGCAGUCGUCAAAGGGUUUGAGCUCUGUAUUCUGGAAUUUUUAUACACAUGGAUAUUAUUUUGGCAGGAAUCAAGAAAUACAAGUGAAGAUCUUACAAUGGAUGGUUCUGCUUACGAGGAUUCCAAUGACCUGAUUGAUUUGAGUGAUGAAGAAUUUGAUGAAGCAAUGGCUGAGGUAGAUCCGUAGACCUUUUUGUGAGGCAUAUUGUCCUUAGUGACUAGGUUAAGCAUAUCAUGUCACCUUUGUGGGCAGAGUUUUUUUACACUCAUGCAGUGGUUACCCUCCUGAUCCCUUUGUAGAGGGCUGGACUAGGUGGGUCUGAGCCCACUGAAGUGUGAAGUUACAUCAAAAGUGAAGUUAAAUCAAGCCACCUGGUCCAGAUGAUAGUUGAGGUCAUUUGACCAAAUUAACGAUUUAUUUUCUUCACUUGAUCUUCAAUGUACAUGUACACAAUCAAAGAUUUUGGCAGUUCAUGUUUCACGGAGUGCACUUCAAUCACGAUUCACAGAACAGUUUUUCAGAUCAUCGCAAUUCACAAACAAAAAAUGGUCGAUCAUUGUGUCACGAAAAUAAGCUUGUUUCCCUCUUUAUAUGGAAGUAUCCCCGGGAUUAGUUCAUCCCAGAACUAGAUUUGGAGAAACAUGAAUGCUGUUACUACAUAAUGUGUCAUUUGCUUACACAAUACCUGAUUUUGUUUACUACAUAGGUUGACAUUGAUGAAAUCUGUAAUCAAAGCCAGACUGAAUCCCAGAGUCCAAAUGAUCACAAAGAUGUUAACAAUGGAUCAUCAGAAAUUAAUGGUGAUUGUUACUGUAGCUCCAAAAACCAUGCACAGCUAAAAACCAUGCACAGCUAGAAUAUUUCAAAAAGUAGUGAAUGUAAAAUUGUGUUGUGAUAAAUCAGUGACAAAAGAUCAAGACAUUUAUAAAAGCAGGCCAAAAAUAACCUGUUCUGGGGCUCUGGCAGGGCCUCAGGAUAGUCAGGUCAAUCAAAGAAAAGAUUGACAAAAAAGCCUGUUCUGAAUGAGGUUGACAAAGUGUGAAUGUGUUGCUUACCAACGCCCUUUUUACACUCUGAAGGGAUUAGCCGUGGGCGAAAUAGUCACGUGAGAAAUUUGAAAACGAUUCCCUCUCAUUGACAUUUCAAAUGUUUGAGAGCCGAAAUCUUAUUAUCUCAAAUGCGCCAAAAGUGGGCAGAAGAGGGUCGUCAAAGAAAUGAUUACAGGCUCUCUCUCCCUUCCUGUUUCUCCCUUCGAAAAAGGGUGACAAUUCCGCAGUGCUGUGGUCUGCUAAGAACACUGGACAAUCUUGAGACAAACGAUAACCAAAACGGCGAUGAACAAUCUUUCAUAAUACUGGUAUAUGACCUUGUGCCAUAUUUUCAAAAUAGUGUACAGACAAGCACACUUUUAUUUCCAUCAGAAAUGACUGAAGUGAAACCAGAUCCUGAACAUGUGGAGGUCCUGAAGAGGUAUUUUGGACACUCCAAGUUUAGGCCGUAAGUGAUUUUAUGAUUCUAUUUCUUUUAGUUGUCUGGCUUGAUUUAUGUCAGAUUGUUUGCUAGACAAAACAACUGUUGUGGAAAAUUCCAAAAUGUUCAAUUCACCACAAUUUCAUUAGCAGUAUUUUCUUCUUAGCAUGUUGUGCUAUAACGUACUUUGCCACAUUUUUUGUUACUUUCUUUCUUUAGUUUGCUGCCACUGAGGGUCACCUUACCAGAUUUGUUUAACCAUUCUAAGAAUUUGUUUGAGUUAUAAAAUGGUGCCUAUUCUGUAUUGCUUAAAAUAUGAGGACAUAAGCCAUUAUCCAGCGGUUUUUACUUGACUGUGUAAAACCAAAACCAUUAAAACCAAAACCAAAACCAAAACCAAUAAUUAAGCUUUCAACAUUUUUAGUUUAUUAGUACAGAAUCUUUAAAAAUUGACCAAGACAUUAAGCCCUCUUGACUGUUUGGAGUAAUUUCAUCAGCUAUUAAAUCACUUAACAAUGUUUUUUUAAUGUUUCAGCAUGCAGUGGAAAAUAAUCAAUGAGGUUCUCAAUCAUAAAAGAGAUAUGUGUGUUGUUAUGUCAACAGGUAAUUUAAUCAAACUUCUUAAAAGCUAAGUCAAUUACUAAUAUGCUCAUGCCGGUUAGGGAUCAACAGAGUCAUGGCUGCAAAGCACAUUUCAGUUUGUUGUAUUGUAGUGGCUUUUUUCUGUGGAGUGUGUUUUUCAUUUUCUUUUUUUGCCGCUCCAUUUGCAUCACCUUAUUUUCCACUGUAAACAUAGUAUGUGACAGAUACCAGGACAACUCAGUGUGGGGUGGGGACUCAUGGCUGGGUUGCAGGGAUUGCCAGCCGUGGGAGCAGUUCUCUGUCUAGGGGCUGGCUGUUCACAGUGGAGGCCCCCUAACAUUUCAGGCACUCAUCUUCCUUACAUUGCAAUGCAAUAGUUAAGAACUGUUUAAAAUAGUAUGUGUGUUUUUUUUCAGGUUAUGGUAAAAGUCUGUGUUAUCAGUUUCCAUCACUGUACACUGGUGGUACUACCGCUGUCAUCUCGCCAUUAAUUUCGCUUAUGGAGGAUCAAGUUGCUAAGCUUAAGUAAGCAUUGAAAACUUAACCACCAAGCCUAAAUAUCUUAUUAGUAUAGGUAAUCAUAUGACUUUGAGUACAGUUUGGAAUUUAUUUGCUCUCGUGUGUUUUUCAAUACGUAUCAAAACUGAACGAGAAAAGUCGUAUGGUUACCUGUUAUUUUAAUAAUGUACAUGAAAAAAAAUUACCAGUGAAAAUAAGUGGUACCUGAUUAUAACAGCCACCCUUGAGAUCCUAGAAACUGGCUUCUUAUACCAGGAGCCCAUCUUUGGCCAUGUUGAGGUUGCCAUGAGUUGCAGCAUCUGAUUGGUUCUUAUUAUUUCUUUUGUUUAUUAGCCAAUCACAGUGCUCUGUUGUCUGAGAUAUUUGCAUUGUAAUUCCUCAUUUUUGUAGUGUGUUUGCUAAAGACUACAUUGCUCUCAGCCAAUCAAAUUCAAGAAAUCAUCAUCCUUUUAACAUCUGUUACAGUGUUUUUUGGUUCUCAUCUUGUGAGGAAUUCACGAGUCCCAGUCCAGAACCAUUAAGUCCCAGUUACCAAAAAAAAAAAACAAGGAUUCCUAAAUUGAAAAUGCAUGAGCCUUUAUGUAACCAGACAGUUAAUCUGGAGACAGAUGCCAAAACUCUUUAUUACAGUUUACUGAAAUUAAAAUAUAGUCCUUCUAUAUGUUUAAAGCACAAAAUACUAAAAUAAAUAUGCAUCUUUAAACAACAGCCACAGAAAUCGUACGAACAGGAUAUUCUACCGAAAAAUCUUAAAAUCGAUCGAGUUUUCUUUGCAUCCCACGGGACAUAUUUCAUGUAUUAUUUUAUUCGGUCCUACGGGACGUGUUUCACGUAUUAUUUUGUGUCUUUGGGGAUUUUUAUGCGUCAGGGACACAAAAUGCGGAGGUAACAAAAUCACUGCUAUUACAUUAUUUUGAGAUAUUUGAAGCCUCAUUUUACUACCAUAACCACAAUGCAAGAAAAAGCAUAGAGAGAGAUUAAGAGCCAUUAAUUAUUUCACAGUGAAAAUGGCAUAGAUGCAAGCAUAAAAACAAGUAUCAAAAGGUUUCUUGUUCUUAUGCUUGCAAUGUUAAGAUUGGAAUGGCACCUGUAUUCCAUCAGGCCAUAUGGAAUCCCUUGCAAUUUCAUUGAUCAGUAUUCAUUAAUCCUGUAAUAAUUAUUGAGGUUAUUAACAUCAUUCUGCUGUUCCCUUACAGGCUUUAUAACAUUCCUGCUUGCUAUCUUGGUUCAGCUCAAACCAAUAAUGCUGAAGCAAAAGCUGGUGUUUUGAGGUACAAUUAAAAUAGCUUCCUUAAAACAUCACUUUACUUGUUGGUUCUAGCUUUACACAGUAACCAUUGCAUCUUUUAGACUGCCGAGCAGUCUUUUCAAUAAAUUUAUUGUGGCAGUAACUUUCUUGCUUAGUAUUGAUAAAGAUGUACUUUAGUGCUGCCAAUCUGUUUAAAAAAAUUUAGUCUCGUGUAGUGAAGUUCAUGUAAGACUAAAACCCAAGGCUGUGCUCUAAGAAAAAUUGAAUGGAGCCCACUGCUCCAAACCUGGGAAAUCCUGGGUGCCCAGCAUAUGAUUUCUAUGAAAAAACUAGCCUCCCAGGGGCAACUGUUAGGUGCUAGGGGCCAGGGCCACCAGGCUACCAGAGGCGAGCACAGCCUUGAAACCUGUUCUUCAUUUCAUGCCUGCAGAAGCCAAUAACCGGCAGCGUGGAACUCCCAUACAUCACCUAUGCGUUUUCACAGAUCUAGUUAUUUUUAACAUCAUUUUGGAGCACUUUUCCUCCCGAAAGUGGAAGCUCUGUUCUGUGUGGGUGGGCAUCCAUAGUACGAUAAUUACAAAAAGAUGACGUAAAGGCUAUCAAAACAUCAGAAAUACUAUUUUCUAGCCUCUGGUUUAAGAUGACUGAUUGAUAAGACUUAUUCAAUUUUCAAAAUUUGCAGAAAAUGGAUCUAAAAGUAAACUUGUCCGUAAAAAUGUAAUUGCUUGGGCACAAUCGAGUUGUUCACUCUGCUAAUGGUUGCUACUGGUAAUUGCCAUUAUGUAGUUAAUUGUUUUUUUGAUGUUCUGCAUAGGGGUGAGUACAGAGUUGUGUACCUGACUCCUGAAUAUGCCUCUUUGGAUACUGGAUUCCUUGCACAGGUGCAAACCUCUGUAGGUAAGAAGAAGUUUGACAAAAGACACCAUUUCAAUGUUAAUGAGAGUCAAAUUAAGGAUUGAAUGUGAAAUGAGGUUAGUUUUCCAGCAUCUCUAAAUUUGGGUAGUUUUUAAUAUUUGGUUAGGGGCAAAAAUUGCCCCCGUUCAUCUAUUUGUGUUCGUGACCAGGGUCUUCAUCAAACUCAGUUGUCAUCCUCCUUUAUCACCUGCGUUUUUAGAUUUCCUUGUGGCCCCAGUCAUUCAAAAGGUUGAUAGCGCUUUCCUCUGGGUAAAUCUCUGUCCAGUGGAUAGUGCAAUUGGUUUCCAUCAUACUUAUCCACUGGAUAGCGAUUUAUCCCGGUGGAUGGUGCCAUCCAAUGUUUGAAUAACUGGGGCCUGGUGGUUAGGUCUUUAAGCUACUUUAAAACAUUGUUUUUCUCUCACUAUGUUCUUUUCAAAUCCUUUGAUUGUGAAUUAUGUUUUUGUAACAGGUCUGACCUUAGUGGCAAUAGAUGAAGCACAUUGUGUGUCUCAGUGGGGUCAUGACUUCAGAUCUUCCUAUCGCUCUCUUGGAUGUAUCAGGGAUAAACUGCCUGAUGUAAGGAAAGUCUUUUCUGAUCAGCACAGCAUUUCCACAAAGAUCUGUUUCUGAGCACAUGUUUUGUAAUUUCAGCAUAGAAAUAAAAGCUUUAAAAUAAUAUACCAGGAAUUUUUUACCCCAAAAGUGCAAGCUGUCAUUGUUUUAUUACUCAGGGUGCAAAGAAAGUCGGUUUGCUAUUUGGGCAAGCUGUAGCUAGCAUGUACUGGCCCAAAAUUCACGUCAACUAGUCCCAAAACUUUUUGAUGAGCUGGAUUGAUUACACAGUUUUUAUGUCAUUUGAAUUCCUCAAAAAACUUCACUUGCCCGUCGGGCAAGUUAAGAACAGAAUUCACUAGCUCGAUAGCAAAAUCCACUAGUCCUGGGCUAUCAGACACUACUUUCUUUGAACACUGUUACUUCAUGGCCACAUGACAUCUAACAAUUAUUAAAAUUAACAUUGUUUUCUGCCAAAAGUCUCUGAGUGAGAACAUUGCCAAGUCUGUGACAUCAAAGUUAAAAGUACAUGGUUAUGACCACUCGCCAUAAUAAUUAACUUGCUUUAAUUUGUACAUGAUUGUACAAAAGUUUUUGUUCAUGGCAGGUAUAUCAAAUAAGUUAAUGACUGGUCAACUGGUCCCUUGGAAAACUAGUUAUAAUAGUAACUUUUUCCCUCGAGGCCAGCCCUAAGGUUUUAUUGUGUACUUUUUAAAACUCUGAUGUCAGCAUGCUUAUUUUCCACUCUGUUCUCUCUCCAUAUAUUUCUUUUUGUCCUGAUGCACAGACUUUGUUUAACAAUUUGAUUUAAUUACUAUUUCACUGUUUCGAUUUUCUUAUUUUAGGUACCUAUUGUUGCAUUGACUGCUACUGCCACUCCUGUUGUUAGAAAAGAUAUUUGUCAGUCUCUGAAGCUGAGAAAUGCUUCUUUUGUUUGUACUGGCUUUGAUAGGUGAGUAGCAUGUGUUGUAACUAAAUAAGUAACCAUGCAGGCAUACUACUGUCUUGAAUAUGUCUAAAAAUAUUUGCAGUCUAAGGCAAAUAGUGACAGGUAAUGUUUGAAUGAUAAUAAAGACCUUUAGGUUCUAAGACCAGAAUGACUACGAGAUUGAGAUUUUCUCAAUUCUAAGUAUUGCUUACAUGUAUGCCAGCAUUUUGGUAGGAAAACAUAAAACCCAUCAUCAGUCUACUGUGUUUUUUAGCAAAAAUGCCCCAGUGAUCAAAAAUUAAUGUUAGAAGUUUUAUCACUUUACAAUCAUGAGAGGGGUCAGUCUUGUUCAAAUAAAAUAUAACCAUCUUAAAAAAGUAAAACGUGUCUUUGUGCCCAGUCUAGUGACUUACUUUAGCCUCUGAGUGGCAAAGGAAAUACCAUAAAAUUCCGAAAAUAAGUCGCCAGGCUCAUAUUUUUCAGAGUCCCUUUUGGAGGGCUGAUGUUCGGAGGGGCUUACAUAUGAAUGGAAAUUUGCAUUUCAAUAUCAGCUAGGCUUAUGCUGGGAAGGAAAUUUUAUGUCUCAAAAUCGAUUGGGCUAGCUUAUAGUUGGAAGGAAAUUUAUGUCAGUAAUUUGCAGAAAGGUUUUUACUGAAACUGCCUGAGGUUGUAGAUCUUACUAAAACUCAGCCAUGCAAGCACCUUGUUUACGUGGAAUGAGGAAAUCCAGGCCAAGAGUUAAGAGUGCACUACGCAAACAACAAUAUACUGUGACACCCUUUGACUGCAAUUUUUUGGCACAUUUAAUAGUUCCUUGGCCAAUGCAAAAAUUUAUGUGUUAUUGUACAGUUUUUGCUUUGUUUUAUUUUGAAUUUGAGGGCAAUUUCCAAGUACAAGCCCUUGGGGGCUUAUAUUUGGAGGGGCUAUUUAAUGGAGGGUUUUUUGCGUUAUGAGUUUGGAGGGGCUUAUUUUAGGAAUUCUGUGGUAGCCUGCAACCAUAUUUAGUUUUACUGCUUUACUCUUUAUGGUAGAAUCUAAAUGUUUCAGUAGACUUAUCUUCACUAAUUUUCAGGCAUCUUGUUUUUCAGACCUAAUUUAUACUUUGAGGUAUUAAGGAAAUCUGGCAGUAUAAGAGAUGACUUUCAGCCUCUCCUGAUAAGAACGGUUGACAGGUGAGACUAUGUUUUUAUUGCCUUCCAUUGACUCCUCAUACCAUCGCCUUUAUAAUAGUUUAGUUACAUAAAUAGUAUUAUAACCAAGGUUGAAGUAAGUAUAACAAAGCUCGUUACCUGCUGGCUAAACGGUGCAGCAGUUUGUGCAGUGCUGCCUUCACUUUUAGUUUUUUUAGUGCACAGCACUUAAGAUGCAAGUAAUGCUCAUGAGUCAGGAACAAGAGGGAAAGUUACGUCUGGAAGACUAAAAGAAGAUUUAAAAUGCAUCAUAAAGUAAGACAGUGUUAGUGCUCUAUAUUAGACUGAUAACCAACAGUACCUAAUUAUCUUUUUGACAAUGAUUUUGUUUUAUUUGCAGAACAAAGAUUGAGUAUUCAUUUGACGGUCCCACAAUAGUUUACUGUCCGACUAAAAAAGCAACCGAACAUGUGUCCAGGGAACUACGUGGUAUGAAGCAACUUAUCAAAAAGUUAAUGCUUAUAGGAAAAAUAAUUCAUCUAGAUGCUGUAGGUUAUUUAGUAUGCUCAUUGAAACACAUUAUGGGACCUAAGAAAAGCUUAAUGAAACUUGCUAAUAUUUCCAAGCAUUUUCUAGUUUGUUUUGUGACAGAUGUAUUUUAUGAAUGCAAUCAAAUAAAUUGCUUCCAUUGUCUCUUACGUCUAGUACUUAUCAGUAAUAUGCUUAUUGUUUGUAGCACUUGGGGUGAGCUGUGAAUAUUAUCAUGCUGGUUUGAGCAAUAAAGAACGCAGAAGAGUGCACCACCUGUUUAUCAGAGAUGAAAUUCAAGUAAGUGCUGUGAUUUUGAAGCAUUGUGGAGUGUUUUUCAGCAAAAUGGGUUGAUGAGAACAAUCAUACAACAAUAUUUUAGCGACUAUUUUGUCUUUUGAUUUUAUUUCCCAGUGUAUUGUUGCAACAGUAGCGUUUGGAAUGGGAAUCGACAAACCAGAUGUUAGGAAAAUCAUUCAUUAUGGAGGUAUCUGCGAUAUGUUCUAAGCUUACAAACCAAAAUAGUUGUCAUUGUCAAUAGUCAUUUGAUUUAAUUUUAGUCUCACCUAAAGUGAUAUUCUGUACUAUUGUGUUUUUCUGCCUUACAUUGUAUAAGAAAAUGACAAAACAAAUUUAUUGUUUACUUUUAUCUUGAAGCUCCAAAAGAUAUCGAGUCUUACUACCAAGAGAUAGGCAGAGCUGGUCGUGAUGGGUUAGUAUUGGGAUCUUUGUGGGAUUUGGGUUAAACAGCUAUUUCGAGAAAUUGGGACAAGAAAGGUAUUAUGGGUGGUUUUGAGUUCUUUUUCUUAAAUUUGAAAGAAUUUUUUUGGGCUUUAGAAGAUUUCUCUGAUCAUAUCCCAUAUUACCUUUCGGGAUUGUUGCGUGCACAUUUUUUUCCGACAAACUUUCUCGAAAUAGCCGUAUGCAAGAUUUUUCCCAUACAGCCCACCUGAAUCAUAUAAUAUAUAAUAUAUUUUCAAUCUGGGGUGGCGCGAGGGAGGAUAGUGGAUGUUAUCCUUUGAGCUUCACUUUAGGUAUUACCGUGUAGUUGAAUAAACAAACAAGGCUGUAUUGAAUGGCUUAAAAGGCUUUCCUUUACACCUCUCCAUUUCUUUUAACAACUUUUGGGUUUUUUAUUAUUUCUCCACAACACUGAAGCUUUGCUUAACAGCUGUCGGUGUUUGAUCCGAUUUAGUGUCUUAAGAUUGUACUUUUCCAUACCCUGCAAGCAGAAUCUUCAAUCUCCUUCCAUGGUCCCUUGAUCUCCCUAAGAAGAUCGAAGGAGACUCUGCUUGCAGGGUAAUCUUUCCAUUUUAAAAUUAUUAGUGAGGUAUAUUAUGGUAUAGACUGCAAAACAGUCGAUUUUUUUCUCAAAAUUGGUAAAACUUGGGGUUAGAGUCUUACGCGCGCGAAGCGCGAAAAUCACACGCCCGUAAAGCGUGUGAGGGCGUAUUUUAGCGUCUCUCGCGAGUCUCGCUCUCUGUUUUCAGCCUCGUUCCAGACCUUUUGUUUGACUGCUCGCGCGUACUUGAAUACGCAAAAACACGAACCGUUUUGCGGUCUAGGUAUGGUAUGGUAUAGUAUAAUUGGGAGGACAUUUGUGGCAUAUAGAAGGUGUUAAGUGUACAUGUUGGCAUGUUUGUAGCUCACGCAACCUGCGCUUUCACUGGAGGAAGGCUCCAACUAAACUGUCAGCAAUGUAAGCUUGCAUGUUUUUGCCACAAUUUCUUUGGUAAAAGUCAAUACAUAUAUUUGAGUUGGAAAAGUAUACCCUCUAAAUAUCUUUUUGAAUAGCACAUAAUUGAAUAUUUUUGUUGCAGUCUUCCUAGCACCUGUCACGUUUUCUACAGUACUGCAGACUUCGCUCUGAACCGGUAGGUUAUUUUUAUACCUCGCUGUUGUGUAGAGUUUGUAGUGUAGAAGCUGAGGCCAGGGUUAUACUUCGAACUUCACAUGAGCCUGUUACUAUGAUUUGUGUGUCACUGAACUCUUGUUAUUUCCAGUCACUUGCUGAAUGAAGUUUCAGUACAGUCCUUUAAAGAACAUAAACUGAGGAUGCUUAACAAGCUUGAGCAUUAUUUGACGACUACAGAUUGCAGAAGAAGGUUUGUAUUUUAACUAUUUGAACACUGUUAAAAUCUCUGACAAAGAGACCUUUUUGAAGAUGAAAAUAUAAAUUUCUCUCUUCUAAACUUAUGAUGAGUCCAUUUAAACUUUCCCAUUUGUCAGUUUAUAAGAGUUUCCAACUUUAUCUCUCAGUUUUCUUUUGAUCAUAUUUGCAUUGAAAAGGCGCGUUAUAAAUUUUUAAAUUAUUAUUAUUAUUAUUAUUAUUAUUAUUUUCUUUUGCUGAAUGAAGGCAACAAUAUAUUGUAGAAAGCUCAAUUGUGAGUCAGUACACCUUUGAACUUAGUUUCGGUAUAUCAAAAUGUCUUUUUCUAGACUGCUAGCAGUCCUUCGGAAUAGUCAGGUCAGCGAGCAUGUAACUUACGUAUGAGCCCGAGAGAAACCGCUCUUCAGCUCCCUUCUCGGCUAGUUCGCUCUCUCAAGGUCGGAACACAUUAGGCGACAAGUUGCAUCAAUAAGUGGGGGCGAAACAAGUCGCACAAAUUCUGUCUGAUUUGAUUUUUUGCGACACGUUGCUGCGACAAAAUUCUGUCGCGGAGACAAAGAUUUUCACCAAAAAUUCUCCAGUUAACACAAAGCGAUUUGUUGCUGCGACGUGUCGCCGCUAAAUAUUACUUCAACUUGUCGCCUACUGUGUACCGACCUUCAAGUCUUCCCAAUCCUCGCUCGACAGACUGAAAAGGAGCUGACUGCUAGUUUAGCAGUCUUGUGUUUUCUCGUCUCUUGUUGAGAUUGAAUCAGAAUCCAGAAGUGUUUUCUUUAGUCUUAAAUGCUUCAUACCCGAACAAAAAACUGCUUUAAAAUCUUGACCCAGCUGCUAUUUUUACUUCUACAGUUUAAGUCAAUCAACUAGUCUGUUCCAGGUAUUCAUACUGUAUGGAAGGUGCAAAGAGGUCUGACAACCUUCCACUCUUCCUCCUUAACUUUUCUUGCUCUCUGACUUUGCGCUGCACUCCCCUAUUUGAACGCCUGGAACAGAUUAUAAAUCAACCGGAUAAUGGUCAAGUCGUAUAGUAGUAUUUAACCGUUAAAAUGCCAAAAUAAUAAGUUAUGGUUUUUCUUCUUGUUGAUUUGAUUCACUUGCCGCCUUAUGCCUUUAGUGUUCUCUAAACACGAUGCUACCAGUGAUUUCAUUUUUCUUGUGUUAACACAAAUCUCCUCUGUUUGCAGAACAAUUCUAGCGUACUUUGAGGACAAAGUUGAUAAGAGCAUUGGUGGUAAAGAUGACUGCUGUGAUAUAUGUCGCAAUAGGUUUGUAUCAUGAAAAAGAAAAGAGUAAACAAAUAAGCUGGGUACGAAACGACCGUCAAUCGUUCAUUGGAAUCAAUCAAGGUAACAUUCAGGCGUGUCUAAACGGGAAUUUUGUAUGGUAGACGCGGGAUUCAUAGGUAACCUGAUAGUCACUGCCACAAUGUUAUUUCUUUGGUAGCGGCGUUGAGAUGUGCAAGGUAGACUUUUUUGACUCUUUGGUUUUAACUUUGUCCGGACUUCAUGACCCACCACAUAGGCUAAUUUUAAGGUGAUGUUACACGGAACGAUUCGCAACGACGAUAUUUAGCGCAACAAAGCUUUGCAACAUUGUUGCGACAUUGUUUCGAAUAGUUCCAACAUCGUUCCAACAUUGCAACGCCGUGUUGCGUUAAAAAUCGUCGUUGCGAAUUGUCUGGUGUAACAUCACCUUGAGGUCCCGUCCACACGUAUCCGUUUUUGUUUUGAAAGCGGAGGUUUUUUCUCCGGUCUGAACUAUCGUCCACACGCAUCCGGCGUAAACGGUCACCGAAAACGCAUCGUUUCAAAAACUCUGGCUUUUCGUGAAGACGGACGAAAACGGAGGUUUUCAAAUACGAUAAUGUCAUAUGUCAUAUACCACUAGCAUUAUGCAUGCUGUGGGAGUUAUGCAAUCGUCUUUCCAUCGUUUUAACAUGUGGACGCGUAAUUUUUUGGAAACGUAACUGAAGGGAAAAAAUCUCUGUUUUCAAGAAUAUCCGCGGAUACUUGUGGACUGGGCCUUGGUCGGGCAUUGUCCAAUGAUCGACUGUUACUCACUGCAGCGAUGCCAGUUUAUGCACCUAUCCUUCAAACAGUGACAGCUGUAAAUAUCGCCUUCAUUAGGGCCCUUAACCCACAUGUGAAGAUGGACGACAAGAGAGAUUUCACAAAGGAAGCUAAGCUGCUCCUGAAUGCCAUACUGGUAAAUACCUUGAUUUUAUCUAGUCUGUCUUGAACAUAGCCUUCCCAUGCAGGCGGUUGUAAGGGAGUCGCCAUAUUUCCUCUCUCCCUAAGGGAGAAAAUAUGACUUCCCUAACCAUACCCUGUUCGGAUCAUUUUCCAUUUCUGGGAAACUGUCAACCUACCCCUCCCCUAAGCCAACAUUUUGCCCUAAGUGAGAAGUAAGUGUUAAUAGGGACCUUAAGAUCCGACAACGGCGACGGCAACGAGGACGUCAAAAAAGCAAUAGGUUUAAUAACCAAAACAAUUUUGCACGUGCAUCACGCUCUUUGUAGAUUUUUUGCCCUCACUGCACGACUACGACAUGAAAAUGCCUAAUUUCACGUUUUACAGAGAAAGUACAAAAGCGACGACGAAAUUUCCUCUCGGCUAUUUCUGAACUUGCAUAUGGUUCUUAGGAAUUCAACUUUAGGAGGGUUCACCUACAUUUGACAAAUUUAGUGACUUGAGUAACCGCGAUGAAGAUUGAAAGAAUGCGAAUUCACUUUUCAGCGACAUUUUCGCUGGCGUCGCUGUCCUCGGAUCUUAAGGUCCCUAGUGUUGGCUUGGAGGAAGGUUAGGUGAGCAGUUUCCUAGAAACGUACAGUGAUCCGCCAGGCGUUCAGAUAGUGGAAUGCGGUGUGAAGUCAGAGAGUGGGGAAAAAAUCAGGUGAUGUGAUGACGAGUGUUGCUAGUGUUACGAUUGUUGUCCUUGUGACGGGUGUUGUCCCUGUCGACUAGAUUUGUCUCUGUGACGUGUGUUGUGUAGAACACAUGUCAGAACAGGCUACCCCAACUACUCUUGCGUGGAAGACUAUCUUGAACACAUGUCAUGGCUGAUUGUUAGGUUAUUUACUGACCUGUCAGAAUUUCGUUAGAGUGUAACAGUCUCUGGUUUUUUCUUUUUGGUAUUAGCUGACUGGGAAUGGUAGGUUUGGCAUUUCAGUUCCCAUCCUGAUGCUGAGAGGAUCAGUAAGUAUAAAUACGUUUGUCUUUAGGCAGUUAGCUAAUUCAGUCGUACAAAAAUUACAGUUACUGUAUGGUACUUUUUAGAACAGCCAGAAAGUGCCACCAUGGCUGACAAAGAAGAAAGAGUUUGGUGCUGGCAAGUGAGUGAACAUAACUUCCUUAGAUGCAAUAAGUAUUUUCGCAAAACAGUCUGUAAUUAACUUUGUUCAUUUUGACGGUCACAUUGUAGUCAAGUAAUUUCGAUUUUAUUUUCUUAAUAGCUUUCACUCAGACAAAUGGUGGAAGAGUUUUGGUAAGAAUUUUGUCGUCACAGCAUAGAAGUUCCAAUACCCUAGCCUUGCCACCAUAUUUUUACAAUAAGAACCUGUAAUUUAAUGACUGCAAGCUAAAAGAAAAUUGCAACAAAACUGGCCAUAAUGUGUUUUUGGUUUUGCCAGUAAAAACUAUAGUUUUCUUGUCUCUGACAAGUUCAAGUCAUGGUGUUGUAAUAAAGCAUUAAAAAAAGGAAAAUUUCAACUCUGUUCUCAUUUGCUUGGACACACCUUGGUACUUUCUUCUGCAUAACAGAUGCAUGAAGGCGACUUUUAGUAGAAUUCAUAGACAUUUUGGGAUGCAGUGCUCUCAUUUAUAAUCCAUAAAAUAAAACUAAAUGAUUAUCUUCUGGCCUCGUUUUGUAUAUACAAGUUCAGGUUGUAGGUGCAGUUAUUUUCCCAACUGCAAUUAAUCUGUUGUGAUGCUUUUUGCUGAUGUGAGUAGUGUCAAAAAUGCGUCCAGCUUACUGGUGAUUUGCUACUUCUUUGAUGUAAAACACAGGUCGUCAACUCUUGAAUCUUGGUUUUCUUCAAGAAAAAGCCAAUCCAGGAGGAUUUGGCUCGCUCACAGCACUCACAGGUAAAAAUACUAAGGUGAUCUUCUGUGGUACCUUUUACACGUAAAUUCUUGUAUGGUAUUAUAGAAUGAAGCCUUCUUUUCUACUUAGAACAAAGUCACGCUCGCCCUUCAAACUUUGCUACAGAGAUUCAAGAAACCUUUUCGUUUUGUUUGUAGGAAAAGGCGAGAAAUGGCUCACAGAAGCUACAUGGGACGAGUCUGUUAAAAUGGAGCUGACACCGAACCAGGUUAGCUUAUUUUCUUUGCGUUAGUUUUAAUUGAAGUAAGUACAAAGCCCCAUGUUGGAGUAUUGGGAAUGCGUUGGGUCGGUAAUGCAUUCCGUCCAUAUUAUGCGCACUGGCCUGUUUUCAUACUCACGUGCAUUCUAGCCUGGGACUAGGCUUUUUGGUUAGGAAAAAGGGUGAACAGAGCCCUUUUGGGUUCUAAGGCGAACACAACUACAAGUACGAGAUUUUGUCAAUACUGAGUAGGCGCGCGGGUGAGCCAGCGUCAUUUUGGUGGGAAAACGUGGUAGCCCUCGAAAUUUUCAGAUACAGGAUUUAGCGAAAAUGUGGUGGUCGCGGAAACAAGUUACCAACGAUUAGAUCAGGCCCCGGUUGUUCAAACGUUGGAUAACGCUAUCCACCGGAUAAAUCACUAUCCUGUUGAUAAGUAUUAUGAAAAUCAAUUGCAUUAUCCACUGGAUAGACUUUUAUCCGACGGAUAGCACUACCCAACGUUUGAACAACCGGGGCCAGAAGUUUUAUCAUUUUUCGAUCGGGUGGGGGCUGAACCUCCUUCAAUAAAGUACCGUAAAUCCUCUAUCAAGCCUCCCCUCUCUAAUAAGCCCCCUCUUUUCAGGGGAAGAAUGUUAAUAAGCCCCUCCCCUUCUCUAUUAAACCCCCCUUCCCCUCCCCCUCAUUAUUCUUAACUAGUAAAUAAUGGACUGUAUUAAUCAAUCACCACUGUAAAACUUUAUUUGUCCUGAUCCGGGAUGGUUUUUUCACGUAUUGGAAAUUCCGAUUGGAUGCAUGAUCUCCAUCCUUGGGAUUGUUUAGUCACCGUGUUAGCUAAAUUAAAUACCCCCGGAUUUGUUGCCCCCAACCGUUUUUGAAAAUAAAUAAGCCUCUGGGGGUGAGGGGGGUAUAGAGGAUUUACGGUAACCGUGCUAACUAUUCUGGUGAAAAAAAUGGUGUAUAGUUAUUUGAGAAUACGCGAAAAAACUUUUGAGAAGUUACAAGUAAUCCUCAUAGUCGUUCUCGUCCUCGAAUCUAAAGGUCUCUAAUAACGGGGCGAGCGCUAACCGAUCUGGGGAUUGAGGAGCCGCCCCCAGUCCGUUGUUUCGCCUGCUUCGCUCGCCGAUUUUUUUUCCCCCCCGUCAUUUGCCUGUUUUCUCCACCUAGGUACCUGGUCCCAGACUAUGUGCAUGCCACCAUUUGUGUUCUAUGCUUAUUAACCCUAAAUUUUAUCAUUUUUUUUUUUUUGGUUGAGGCGUGUAGUGUGUUAUGCAUUAGUGUAAGAUCAAAUGUAUUACGCAAACUGAACAUUCACCCCUGUCCUGGCCGUUAACCCUUACUUAAAUACACCCUGCCUUAUGACUAAUAUGAACUGACUGAUAUAUGUGGGAUUGUUUUCUCCACAGGAUCUUUUGUCGGCAGAAAAAGAACCUCGAGCUAAGUAAGUUUAGUUUUUUUAACAAAGAAUACUCUUCAUCAUGAGAGAAAGAUGUAUGGCCGGAAUUGGAAAUGUCUGCUGUUGCACUUAUGAGUUUGGCUUACGUUUCUAACUACGUUAACCCAAAAGAGCAACUUUUGCUUUAACGUGGCUCCAAAGAUCCGUUCUUAAAAUUUGUGGGAUGAUGGUUUAAAAGACCUUCUGAGACAGAAAUAGAUGAUAAAUAACCUCUAUCCCCCAGGGUAAUUUUGUUGAAUUUCGUUGUGUAUCCUGCUUGGCUUAUUGUAUACUGUUAUUUUAUACCAUUUCCUCAUUAACGCGUUGUCGUAUAUCUCCGCCUGUUUUAUGUUUUUUCAAGAAUCAUACUCCCUGUCGCUGAGGUCGCCGCUUCAACAUGGCACCAGUAUCCGAAUCAUAGCGCUCAGGUUGCCAUGCCUACAGUGCAACCUAUACAACAAAAGCCAGUUAUUGAUGAAAAAGAACUCGAACUUCAAGUAAGAAACUCUCCGAUAUAUGUUUUGUCUGCCUGUCACCGAAAUUUUUUUUGUUCUGGUUUUAAACAAUUGUCUAGUUUAAGUGAUGUGUAGCAGACGUGUACAGUAAAAAACGUCCCCUUUCCCGAUUUUGCACAGUCAAAAAAAAAAAAUGAGCUGGUUGUUUUAGAACUUUCACUACGUUUAUUAUAUAUUUAUAUUUCUUUACUUGUUUUUAUAUAUAUUUUGAAAAUCAACAGCAGCAACUAAAAAAAGAAAGCUUCAUUGUGACAAGGAUAGUUUUGAAGGAAAUAAAAUUUCAGUAUAGAUCCAUAAUAUCCAGCGUAGCAGUCGUGUCCGUUUCCGUUAAUCGAAGCGGGAGAAGCAUGACUCGCGAAGAAAGGACCAAAACCCGACUGUUACGCAGGCUAGAUCCAUAAGGACCUUUUUAAUAUUGCAGAUUUCGAAUUUUGCCGGUCCGAUGAAGUUGUUUGAUCUCCUUUCUAUGUUUUACAGGGUUCUUUGUAUAGCAAGCUGAUGAGACUUAGAACGGAACUAUCUCACUCGCUGGAUUGUCCUCCUUACAUGAUCGCUACUAACAAGAUUCUUUUGGAAAUUGCAAAAUACAGGUAGAUUACUUUCAAAAGAACGAGAAAUUUAUAGCUACUGAAAAUAAUACAUAUUUGUAACGUGUCAGUAUGUUGUUGGUAAAAUCGUUUUCGGGGUUAAAUAAGUAUUGUUUUUGUUGUGGAAAUUGAAUCGUUAAACUUUGACUUGAUUGUAGACCAUCUACCAUUGACGCACUCUUGAUAGUAGAUGGAGUUUCUGAGAGGCAGUGCGAACGAUUUGGGGAGCAACUCGUAAACUGUGUGGCCACUUUCUGUAAAGAAAACAACCUUGAAGCCGACAAGUUCAGUAUGGAUCAACCCGAUUCAGGGAGCCCCACAACAUCACAGGUAUGUACUGUAAGGUAUAUUUUUCAAGUCGGGAGGAAGACUGGCCCAAGUUGUUUUGCUUUGCUGUUGCGUGUUUUGAUUUUCCCGUAUGGAGAGAGGUCGGUAAUACAAGUAAGCUCAUAAUUCGACCCACCGAUACCGGUAGCCAGUGUCGCCACUGUAUGCUGAUGCCCAAACUUGCUCUUCAUGUCACAAUAUAAAGGGGGCACCAGCUAUUGUCCUCUCAUUACAUUACAUUACAUUACAGUACAGUAUAGUACGUUACGUCUUUUCACGUCCCGUCACGACACGGCAUCACAUCACGUGACAUCACAUUACAAUUGCAGAUUAUCGGAAGGCAAGCAGAUGUAUGAGUUUCCGUGUGAAUUUAAGGUUGAUGGUCCAGGUUUGAGGCCUCCCCCUGUUUUUCGCCCGCUUCGGCUGUAUACUCUUGGCCUUUUAACUGUAAUUUAACCUUGUUUUAUUCCGAAGCCGAUGUAUGAUAAAGAUCAAUCGAGAUAUAAGUUUAUUUCUCACAGAGUUACGUAGCAGAGCCCGUAGGAACUCUCCGACGUGAACUGAGUCAGACCGUUAUAACCACGUAUAACCUCUUCCAUGAAAAGCAGAUGACUAUUGUGAGUAUUUCUAAACAACACAUUUCAUUAGUAGUACGUGGAUGUAACCAUAAUUAGAUUGGACGGUUUCCAUUUAAGUCGAUAACAGCCAAAAACAAGGGAGGUAAUAAAAAAUACAUGACGAAGUGGCAGCACUUACACCAAAUGGUUCUUUGUCCAUCGCUGUCAUGUCGGAUUGAAGUGGACUUUGCACUUGUUGACUUUUGAAGAGAGCAGAAAACCGGACUACCCAACUUCAAACUUAACCCACGUAUGACGUCGCUACCGGGAAUUGAAUGGCUACAGUGGCUGGAGGCGAGUACUCUCACCACCGCGCCACCUUUGCUACCCUUGUUUUGCUCUGGCCAAUCAAAUCGACCUAGAGGUUCCAAUAACCCAAUCAGCCUGCUGAAGCGGAUACAUUCAGCUGGCGCAAAUCGGCUAAGCGCGGGAAAAUAUUAGACUACAUGUCAGACUUUUUCUUGCUAUCUAACUAUCCCAUAGAUGCCAUAUUGUAAUCAGUAAAUCUUUAAUUGUACACUGCGUUUAGCGUUUACCGAAAUACUAAAGCGCGUUCUCUUUCAAUAAACUUGAUUAUAGAAAGAAGUCGCCAAAUCGCGGAACUUUGUUGAAGGAACAAUAUUUGGUCACCUCGCUGAUGCUCUAAAGGCUGGGUAUCCUGUGGAUUACAAGAGGGGUACGUGUCUCUGUAGUUCUCUUAGUGGCCUAUUCCUUUUCCCAUUAUCCCUAUUUAGUAUUUACCAAAUCAGUGAAUAGCAAUUUCGCGCGUUUUGAUUGGCUCCCGUAACUCGGAAUAUCCUUGGCUAUUCCCUGUUUUGCGACCGGAGCGACUUCGAGACAUUUUGGGAAGACGAAAUUUGGGCGUUAAAUGAAUCAGUCGUAUAAACAAAUACCAAGAAAGGUACGAAUUUUGGCUUGUUGGUGUUCACUCGUAGGUAGAAAGUUUUUUCAUGCUGAAUUUGCAACGAAAUUGCAAAAUGCCCUUAACAAAAUCCCCGAAAUGUUUGUAAAUUGUAAACAAAGUUCCUACUAAGUCACGUUUUUAAUUUACAAAAAGUUACUUUUUUCAGUUUUAUCCAACUGAUUUGGUAAAUACUAAAACAACUAUCCCCCUCAGGGUCGGUGAGCAGCGCUAGCACCUCCCCUUCGGAGGAUAGUUGUAUAUUAGAGAGAUUAAGAUUCACGUUUACGCCAAACGGCUGACGUGAAUUUGUACCACGUGACCAAGUUUUCGCCUUAUUUUCCGUUUGCUCUUUAUUGGUUCAACACAAAAAUAAGUAGCUUUAUGCCAGUUUUAACCAUAGGAAUCGUUCGGGACUGUUCUUAUCUGCUUAUUUUCUGCUCUGAGAAAUUCUCAACUUAAGUCUGACGUUUGCCGUUUGCGGUAAACGUUAAUCUAAAUCUCUCGAUUACUUUAAUUUUCCCCUUGUGUUUGUCCUGCAUCCUUUGGAGAAACAGUCACAUGUUGCAGGGCCCAGGCUAACUAGCUAAUCGCAGCUUCCCCUUUCUUUACUGCCGAACUUUCUUUUUUGCCGGAUAUAUGUGAUCUGGAGACCUAAAGUUGAAUUUUCUUUGAAAAGAUAGACACACAGUCUUCUUACCAAAUGCAUCGCGGGAUAAACGCAGCGCUUUCUCUUGGGAGGCGAUUUACCUGCGUUUUGAUACUCGUAGUGACCUUUAGAUUGGACGAAGAGUUAGAGGGGAAGCACGACUGUGGUAAUUAGAGGCAGAUAUAUUUUCACAAUUUUUACUUUUGCCGGUUGUUUUCCGGCAGAUAGAGGAACUUAAGGGAUAAUAUUGCUUAGCCUUUUGAUCGUAUUACGUUUCGCUUGCUUUACUAUCUUGAGAAAAUUAAGACACGUCUUUGUGGCUGUGGUUUAGUUUUCUAGGCCCCUGCUGGUUGGUUACGCCUUUGAAAUCGUACAUUACACCAAGCGAACCUAAAGAGUUAAACACGGAGGCAUUCACUCCUAAUGGGUCAUCUGUUAUUUUUAACAAACGUUUCUAUAUUUUGUGUAGCCGGACUCACCGAUGACAUCCAGGAGUUAGUAACGAAGACUAUCAGGUCGCCUCCUAUCAAUUCAGGUAUAAAUGCAUCUUUUCUCGUUCACUCUGAAUACAGUAAAACCCCGCAACUAAGAAUCUGGAUUUUUCCAAUUUAGCCUAAACAGGUUCUUAUAUAAAUGGUAGUUAGCCCAAGGUUCUUGAAUAAGUUCUUAUUUUCUGAAGAAAAAAUGCAAUAAAGCUAAGAGUGUGUAGUGGUUGAGCUUAUUCUUAUAAAAUCUACAUACCAAAUUAGAAGUUGUGUAGAAAUCAUCAUAAAGAGAAGAACCAAAACGUUGACCUCAAGAAUUUUGAAGUCCUACUUCCAAAGAGGAUUCUUAAUGUUGACUUAAUUCAUCUUGUUCGCCCAAGUGUGCAGAAUUUAUUCAUAUAUGUUAGAAAGUAAGGACCUUUUUCAAAUUUUAGGCUUAACAGGUUCUUAUACAGAGGGGGGCUUAACGGGCAAAUUUUAGCUUAACUGGUUCGUGAAAUCCAAGUUCUUAGUAGCGCGGGGUUUUACUGUAGUAGUGUUCAAAAAACCUUUGGUUUAAGAUCAGAAAUUUGCUAGAUUAAGAAUAGGGCAUUCAGAGACUAUUUUUUGCUCGCAGGUUUUAUUCUUGCUGCGGAAAGGGUUUCUGGUUAUUGUGCAGUGUGUGGAGUAUUCAUUCCACAGACUAUCUCCUGAGUGGUGGAAAAGUUUUAAAAAACCAGUUUACUGAAAUGUUUGAUACUCGUAGAGUAACGAGAAGCACAUGAUCCCCAUCUCACGCCCUCCAUUACUUUUUUUUCCCGUUUCCACAAUACAUUUUGCCCCGUGUAAGGCUUGGAUUGUGGAUUCCAGGCUGUGGUUUGCGGAUUCCAGGAACUGGAUUAUUUACGGAUUCCUUGUAAUUGGAACUUGGAUUCCAAGUUCCUUGAGUUGAAUUCCGGAUUUUUUAAGCGCAGGAUUCCCGAUUCCAUAAGCAAACAUUGCCCGGAUUGCGGAUCACCUUACAUGCCAUGGGGUUUAAAUCAUAACUUUUAAUCCGUUCGCCCCGGUUCUGACUUCGCCCCGUAUUCUAGAACGAGGAAUAUUACAUUUGAAGCGCGCUAAAUGACUCGAAAAUAGGGAGGGAGGAAGUUAUCGUUUCCAAAGGAGUGUAGAGAAAGUCUUGAAAUUUGCUCACAGCGAGUGCUUUAAGCCAUCUUAGUUUUCACAAUAAAUUACUGCAUUCCUCUUUUCUUUUUUUUUUUAGACAUAAGCAAGUUAUCAGUUAUCAAAGAACGCUUGCCGGAUCACGUGUCCUAUGGUCACAUUAAACUGGUCAUCGCCAUUUUGGAACUGUCACAUGGGGUGGCAACUUUUAGCGGAUCCGAUUAUCCUCUUAGCCAGAGUUCCUUUACGUCCAGCACCCGACCAGUGAAAGCCCCUGGGAAACCCCCAAGGAAACCCCACCCUACUCCUAAAGAAAACACCGCGAGAAAACUACCGGUCUGGCUGUCUGGAAAACCUGGAGGAAAAAGAAAGAAUCCCUUUUAAAAUGAGGGAUAUUUGAUCCCUUUGAAGGUGUCUUGUUUGGAAUAUUCAAAAUUUGAGUUUAAAUUUUUGCGACAUUGCUUAAUGCAUCGAAUGAGGAUAAGAUUUUCUUGUUCGAAAAAUAUCAUUAAAAAUACAAAUUAAGAGAGUAUGUCAAGUUAGUGCCACAUCUCGUGGGAUUCUUCAAACUUUCGAGUAAUUGUACGUUUUCUUAGACGUACCAGAACGCAUCAAGGGAAUUGUAAGUUUGCUUUGUUGAUCGUCAGCAGUCGUAUAUUUAAACAGUAUAAAUAUUUUUGUAAAUAAAAAAUUAGUUGAAUG